UACGCCUACACGCUGCAAAAGUACCUGCGUUUGCAGCAGCAGCACGAGCAGCUCUGCAGCAACCUCGAGCAAAUCCGCCCGCGCACCGCCUCGACCGGCACGCUUUCCACAAUCUCCUCGCCCAGCACGUCGCCCGUCCGCUCCUCCAUCCAUGCUCUGGCCGCCUCACCAAUUUCGGCUCCAGCACCGUCAUCACGACGACACUCGCGCUCCGGCAGCUCGCGUCGAGCUUCCAGGCACCCACGCUGCUUUGAGGACUCCCUCGACACCAUCGUCGACGAAGACACAAUCUACCAGAUCUCGGCCGAGGAACAGCGCCUCUCUGACGUCAACGAGAGCAUCAAGCGGGCGCUGACGGAGCUGCUCAACUGCGAUGCCGUGCGCAGCGACAUGACGACGCGGAUGUGGGCGCAGGCCAGGCUGAUGGAGACGGAGCAGGAGCUUCGGUCAGGACGGCGGAGGCGAAGCUCG